AUUAAUUUCACAUAAUUUGUGUUUGUUUUUUAUUGCUUGUCUCAUGACUGAUAUUUUCGAUAAUUUUUUUAAGAUUAAUUACGUAUUUUUUCGAAUUAAAUAAAUGCAUAGAUCCUUUACAUAAAAUGUCUUCGACACUGGCCGAAGGCUUGAAGAAAAUUGAAACAGAUGUUGCUAUAAGUGGUAGCCAAAAUAUGCAGCAAACGGAAUCUCAAAAAUUGGCGGAGAAUGGUGAUAAAAGUAAAAUAAAUAAACCAUCUGGAGAAUCUCAAGGAAAUUGUUAUUGCGGGAAAGAUAGAAAUCUGAAUAUAGCGGAAUUACUAUGUGCUUCAUGUAAUCGCUGGUUCCACGAGUCGUGCAUUGGUUACCAGCUGGGUAAAUUGGUGCCUUUCAUGACAAACUAUCUCUUUAUAUGUAAAAAUUGCUCACCUACUGGUUUGGAAACUUUCAAAAAGAAUCAAGCUCCAUUUCCACAAAUGUGUCUCACAGCUAUAGCUAAUCUGAAGCAAGAGAGUGUGAAGGAUGGUAGUAACAGGCUGCUUUUCAGUAAAGAUAGGGAGAUAAUACCAUAUAUUGACACAUAUUGGGAAGCCAUGACAACUAUGCCCCGAAGAGUCACGCAAUCGUGGUAUGCGACAGUACAACGCGCCCUUAUAAAAGACAUACAAGUUCUGUUCACUUAUGAAGACAACCAGAUGGAGGGUCCAAUGUUUGGUCUCUACAAUUUGGAGCUGACCUCAAUCAAACCCAAUUAUGAAGCCAUGAUCAAACAAGGCCAGCUCAAAGUUACUGACAUGGGAAUCGCUACAAUUCCAUUAGCUGGAAAUGUAAAGGGGCGACAGGGGAAGCGCCGGCCCGCCGUGACGGGCGCGGCGGACGCUAGCGCUCCGGUCGGCAAGAAGGGCCGCGGCAACGAGAUCGGUGCACUCAAACUACCCUCACACGGAUACCCCACGGAACAUCCCUUCAAUAAAGAUGGCUACAGAUAUAUACUGGCGGAGCCUGAUCCACACGCGCCAUUUAGACAGGAAUUCGACGAGAGUAACGAAUGGAGCGGAAAACCCAUACCCGGCUGGUUGUACCGGUCGCUUUGUCCGGGUGUAGUGUUGUUGGCAUUACACGAUAGAGCACCACAGUUGAAGAUAUCCGAAGACAGGCUUGCAGUUACGGGGGAGAAGGGAUACUGUAUGGUCCGGGCUACACAUGGUGUGUCUCGCGGUUCGUGGUACUGGGAGGCAUCUGUGGAGGAGAUGCCCGAGGGCGCGGCCACGAGGCUCGGCUGGGGACGACGCUAUGCGAACCUCCAGGCGCCACUCGGAUACGACAAGUUUGGUUACAGCUGGCGCAGCCGCAAGGGAACCAGGUUCCAUGAAUCUCGUGGUAAACAUUACAGCAACGGAUACGGUGAAGGCGACACUCUCGGUUUUCUCAUUGUUCUGCCUGACAGUGUGACUACUAAAUUUACACCAAACACGUACAAAGACAGACCUCUAGUCAAAUUCAAAAGUCAUCUCUACUAUGAAGAUAAGGAUAACAUACAAGAAUCUCUGAACAAUCUGAAAUCUCUACCUGGCAGUAAAAUAUAUUACUUCAAGAAUGGCGAGUGUCAAGGCGAGGCAUUCCUGGAUAUUUACCAGGGUUGCUACUACCCAUCUGUAUCCUUACAUAAAAAUGUAACAGUGAGUGUAAACUUUGGGCCUAACUUCAAGUACGCUCCCAACGUCGACCAUAAAUACAGACCAAUGUCAGAAAAAGCGGAGGAGGCGAUAUGCGAACAGACUAUGGCAGACCUAUUGUACCUCACAGAGAACGAGGGGAAGUUACGACUGGAUAACUUCAAUCUCUGAUACAACUAACACCGCUAGACGGUGUGAAAUGUGUGAUUGAGACUUUAAAAGUUAUGUUUAUGUGAAAUAUAUGGAAUCGUUGUGUAAACGUGAAAAUCUCUCUCUGGUAUAUAAAAUGACUAUUUAUCGUGCGGGGAAAAUAUGGUUAUAAUAAGUUAAUGAACUAUUUUUGACGCCCUCUGUAGCCUAGCGGUUUAGCACACCGCCUCAUCUGCGGGCUCGAUUCCUCGCACGGUACAAACAUUUGUAUUCAUGAAUGAGUUUGUAUCGGUGUAUUUUCUAUAUAUAUUAUGUAUGUAUUUUCUAUAUUUUUUACUUCCGAUUAGUCGUCCAUAUGUAUAUAGUUUUAUACUAACUAGUAUGCUGGCGAAUUGUUGCCACAGAUUAUUGUAGAAUUACAGAAAAGUUCUGUCCAAUACAUUUUGCGUUAGAAUGCGCAGGUCAUCUAAUGUAAGUUAUUUGUCUUGUGCCUUUUAGUUUUUAUACAAAUCUGGCAAAAUUUAAAUUUUAUUAAGAACGAAAUUGACGUUUUUCUGUUAAAAUAAAAACAACUAUGAACAUUCUAAAUAAAAAAACUUCUGCAUAUGAACUAUAUUAAACAACAAAACAAAUCAUUAUAAAUUUCACUGUACAGAAAUAUAAUGUGUCAGAUCUCCACGUUAUAUGGGGGAAUGUCCGUGUACGGAGGAUUAAAAUUCGCGUAAUAUGAAAGAAAAUGGCGAUGCAAAUACGUAAUUAAAACAUAUUUUUCUUUACUAGAAUAACUUGAAGUAUUGUGUAUUCAUAGAUGUUAAUAUACUAUACAUUUCAUUAGUAUGUAAAGAAGAUAUAAUUACAAAUAUAUGUACAUAUAUAUAUAAAAGAAAUUUCGCCAUAUGCCAGCCCUGGUAUAUAUAUGUCACAGUUUACUAACAGGUGAAUCAUAUGGGUGAGUGCUGUGUUUUGUAGAGUAUUUGAAGAAAUAAUAUAAGCAUCUUUAUAUUUGUAAUGAAUUGCAUACAAAUUAUAUUAUGAAAA